AUGAAAACUUUUAUGUGAAUUUGACAAUUUUAUUCGGCGAAUUCAAAAAAUGAAAUAAAAUUUCGUGAAAUUUUCACUUUUCACUUUUCAGUGUGCGGUCGGUUACUCGUUGCUCGUGUCUUGAAUCUGGCAACUCUGACUUGAAAUCGUUGAUAUGCGUUGGUCAACAUGUGCGUUCGACGAUGUGUCGCUCUUUCGCGCCAGUUUCAACCAAUUUCAUAUUUUACUGAUAUUAGUUUUUAUUUUUAAUAAUAUUAGUAUAAAAAAUAUACGAUUUAAUUAAAAAUGAAGUUCAAAUGCAGAAUGAUGGACGCAGGUGUCAUGCGGGAUUUUACAAAUAUUGUUAACACUAUAUCACAAAUGGCGAAAUAUUGUGUUCUGCGAUUGACACCAGAUGAAUUAUGUUUCAAUGUCGGUGACGAACGAACACCUGUGCUAUGGGCUGUAUUUUCUCAACAAUAUUUCUUCACAGAGUAUGUUAUGAGUGGAGUGUCGGAGGAAGAAAAUGUAAUUUACCUGGAAUUUGAGGCUUCAAUGUUUGCUAGAAGUUUAAACAGCCUAAAAGCGACAGCAAAAAGUGUUAAAAUUAAGUUAACAAAUAAGCGGCAACCUUGCCUGACAUUUGAUAUUGAUUUAUCUUCCCUGUCUAUUGACUCUCGACAAUGUACACACGACGUGCCUGUGAAACUCAUAUCGCGCAAGGAAUGGCCAGAACACAAAAUGCCAGAUAUUUUAGAGUUUGAUAUAUCAAUAGAAAUACCACAGCUAAAGCGUCUACGACAUAUUGUAGAUAGAAUGAAAAAUAUGAGUUCACAAUUGAUUAUAAGUGCCAAUAAACGUGGUGAAUUGACAUUAAAGAUUGAAGUGGAUUUUGCUACUGUAACUACUUACUUUAAAAACUUACAAGUGUUGGAAAACAGACUAGAAGAGGCUAGUGAUAUCUGUGCGAUUGUAAGUGUAAAGAAAUUGGCAAUGUUUUUGAAUUGGGACAUUCUCCAUCCAGACAGUGUUAAAUGUAAUAUACUGCAAGAGAAGAUGGUAAAAUUAACUUUGGAUGCAGGAGAUUAUAUUAAGAUACAUUACUUUAUACCAGCCAUUAUUUCUUAAGCAAUGAGAAAAAUGUGUCAAUCAUGUAUAAUAUUAUUUAAUUACAAAAUAUAUGUACAUAUUUUUCACCUUUUCA